UGUCUCCGGCUGCUGCCCGGUCACGUGCCCCACAGGCGGGCUCCUGCGCGGGUGGUGCUGAGCGCAGGUGGGCAGGAGGGCGAAAGGGCCUGAAUGGGCACCGUGGAAGAGGGCAGGACCCCGCUGUGAGAGCGCCAGCGCCUGGAGACCAUCCUGAACCUGUGUGCGGAGUACAGCCGCACUGAUGGGGCCGCAGACGUGGGCGAUGCGCACCGGCUCUUCCCCGGCGAUGGCACGCUGACAGGCAGGCGGCCCUCCAAGGGCUCAGCCGGCUUGGCUGUCCUGGGCCUCGGGCGCUCCUUGGAGGAGCAUGGGGAGCCCCUCAUGCACCGGCAGAUGAUGGAGAACCUGGAGAAGUCGGAUGAGGAGAAUCUCAAGGAGGAGUGCAGCAGCACGGAGAGCACCCACCAUGAGCACGAGGAGUCCACGGGGGGCAGGGCCAAGGAGGCAGCUCUGCUGGAGGAGGAGCGGGCGCAGGUGCUGGCUCAAGUGGAUGAGCUCAAGUGCUGCGUAAAGGAGCUGGAGCAGCAGCUGCAGGAGUCGUCCCGCGAGGCGGAGAUGGAGCGGGCUCUGGUGCAGGGAGAGCGCGAGGCAGAGUUGAUGCAGCUGCAGCAGGAGCAGAAGAUGGCUCAGCAGCUUCAGGAGAAGCUGUCCGGCCUGGACGCUGCCGUCCAGAGGGAGCGCGACAAGGAGAGGGCAAAGGUUGAUGCUGAAAGGAAGGAGCUAGAGAAACUCCAGGCGCUUUACAAUGAGUCGAAGAGCCAGCUUGAUAACUGCCCUGAGUCAAUGCGGGAGCAGUUACAGGACCAGAUGAGAAGGGAGGCCGAGGCCCUGGAGACGCAGACCAAGGUGUUCGAGGACCUGGAGUUCCAGCAGCUGGAGAAGGAGAGUCGCCUGGAGGAGGAGCGCGAGACCGUGAGCCAGCAGCUGCUGCAGAGCAAGGCCGAGUGUCACCGCAGCAUGGCCAGGAGAAAGGAGCGCGUGGCCGCCCUGGAGAGCCAGGCCAGCCAGAUCCGGCUGCAGGCCGCGCGGGACUCAGAGCGCCUGGCCACUGAGAAGAGCACCGUGCUGCAGCUGCUGCACAAGGAGAAGGAGAAGCUCGUCUCCCUCGAGCGUCGCUACCACCUCGUCACUGGUGGCAGGAGCUUCCCCCGGACCUCAUCCGCGCUCAAGGAGCAGGACACGCUUCAUAUCUCAGAGCACUAUGACCUGCUGGAGGAAGCUCAGCCCCAGCCCCCCCUGCCCGGAGCCGCUGCUUCCCCAGCUGCUGCUUCCUCUGCCCGCUCCUGCCCCACGAUGCAAGAGAUGAAGAAGCAGCUUGCAGGGAGCCCGGGGCAGCUCCCGGCCCUCGAUUUAGAGAAGUGGUACGAGGAGGUCAUGGCUGGCAUGGAGGCCUCCUCCCCUGCCUCUCCUCCCUCCUCCCCUCCUCCUCUUCCUGCUAAAGCUCACUCCUCUCGAAAGCCGCUCCAGGUCUAUCGUGCCAAGCUGGACAGCGACAGCAGCAGCUCGCUCCCAUGUGCCAGGGUUGGGGCCCCGUCAUCCUCCCAGCUCAGCGUGGCCACGCUGGGACGCAGCUCCUCGCCAAAGGGCCCCCUGCACCCACAGAACAGCACGGGAAGCCUGCCCCGCAACCUGGCAGCCACGCUGCAGGACAUCGAGGCCAAGCGCCAGCGGGCGCUGCAGCAGAAGGCCGGCUCGCUCCCCGCGGAGCCCUUGCAGCCAGACGAUGUCUCAGCUGCAGGUCAGCAGGUGAUAGAGGAGCAGAAGCGGCGCCUGGCGGAGCUGAAGCAGAAAGCGGCAGCUGAGGCGCAGUCCCAGUGGGAAGCCCUGCACGGGCCGCCCCACUUCCCCCCACCCUCCUACCCUCCGUUCAUGCAUCACUCCAUCCUCCAUCACCACCCCCCGCACGGCCUCGGGCCCCGGGCUGAGGACCCCGACCAUGCCUACGACACGCUCAGCCUGGAGAGCUCGGACAGCCUGGAAACCAGCGUCUCCACUGGCAACAACUCAGCCUGCUCACCCGAUAACAUGUCCAGUGCCAGCGGCAUGGAGGUGGGGAAGAUCGAGGAGAUGGAGAAGAUGCUGAAGGAGGCCCACGCGGAGAAGUCCCGCCUCAUGGAGUCACGGGAGCGGGAGAUGGAGCUGCGGCGACAGGCCCUGGAGGACGAGCGGAGGCGGCGGGAGCAGCUGGAGCGGCGGCUGCAGGAUGAGACGGCCCAGCGGCAGAAGCUGGUUGAGAAGGAGGUCAAGAUGCGGGAGAAGCACUUUUCCCAGGCACGGCCCCUCACCAGGUACCUGCCCAUUCGCAAGGAGGACUUUGACCUGAAGCUGCACAUCGAGUCCUCGGGCCACAGCGUGGACACGUGCUGCCAUGUCAUCCUGAGUGAGAAGAUGUGCAAGGGCUACCUGGUUAAGAUGGGCGGCAAGAUCAAGUCCUGGAAGAAGCGCUGGUUCGUCUUCGACCGCAUGAAGCGCACAGUUUCCUACUACGUUGACAAACACGAGACGAAGCUCAAGGGAGUGAUCUAUUUCCAAGCCAUAGAGGAGGUUUAUUACGACCAUCUCCGCAGCGCUGCUAAGAAAGGACUUUUCAACCUCAGCCUAGCGAAUCAAUUAGCAGAUAUCCUCCCCACUCGCUUCCGAAGAGAGGUUUGUCUCCGUGUGCUUGCCUGUCCCUGCCUCUUUUUCUGGUGUGCCAGGUGCCUUGGCCUGGCUGCCCCUGGUGUGUGUGUGUGUGUGCAUGCGCUGGUUUUGCACAGGAAAGGUUGAGCCUUGCUGCGUCCUAGUCUGUGCGCUCUGAGUACUGGUCUCCGCUCUGCAGCAGUGUGCUGCUGCCUUGCACUUGGCUUUCUGGGGACGGGGCAGCAGAGCACCCUUUGGGAUGCUGGCCCCACCGCUACAGCCACGGCUGUAACAGCAUGGCGAUCAAGGCACCUUUCUGUUAACUGGUCACAGACACGCUGCAUCCCCAGGACGCUCUGGGGCUGAGCAGCUCCCCCUGGAGCAGCAGGUGCUUUGCUAUCAGCUGCGAUGGGGUCAGCUGUGCAGGCUGCAGUGACAGGCUAAAUGGCACGGUUCCCUUUGGCACCCGAAGCUUGGCAGGAGAGGGGUAGGGGUAGGGGUAGGGACAAGCAACCACAGCCAUUCCUAGAAGCAAAGUGUUGAUGGGAUAACGUGUCCCUGGGCUUCAGGACCGUGUCCCUGGGUGGGGGUGGACUGAGCAGAACGGGGGUGCUAGGAGGGAAGGUGUUGCCUGUCCCGUGGACGCAGAGAGCCGGGCUCGGGCCCCACGCAGGGCCUGCUUCUGCCCAGGUGUGGCCUUGUGUCUGCCCAGAAGGCAGCGGAAGAAGCUGGGGCCGAGGCAGAAGGGCCAUGGGGUCACAGGGAAGAAAGGGCUGCAAGGUUGGCGUGGUCAGGGCUUUCCUGCCUCUGCUCCAGGCAGCUCCUGCAGCACAUGGGGAACACGGCAGCCAGGGGUGACAGGUGUGUGUUGCGCGGUGGGGAAGCCAAGGCCACAUGCAAGGCUGGGAGGCUCAGGCCCCUGCUUGCACCAGGCAUCAUGGGCUGUGCAGUCAGUGCCUGCCUGACUGGCGUUGGCACCGCCCCCCACGUGCCUGGCGCCUGCCUGGGCAGAGCUGCGGGCACGUCCGACAAGCAUGGUCAGUUAUCCCCCAGCGCAGCUCCCACGGGCAGGCACGGGCUGCCCUUGUCCCGGGGGCCUGACCUGGGCCCAGCAGCCAUCUUGCUCUUCAGCCAAACCCUGCUCCCAUCAGUGCAGACUCCUGCUCGCAGCACGCCCGGGCGCUGAGUGCAGCGCUGGCUCCGCGCCCCACGGCCUUCCCCGGGCACGGGCCCACAGGCAGGUGGCACCGGAGCCUGGUCCCUGCUGCCGGCAUUCACGCCUUGGCGCCCUCCUUGCCCCAGAAGCAGAGCUUGGUGUCAGGCCGCGCGGCAGCGUCAGGCUGGGCGUCUCUGCGCUUCCUGCUCGGCUGCGGCCC